AUGGAGAAAAUAGAUUCCAAAGAAGAAGAAGAAGAAGAAGAAGCAGCCACAAGAGAAAUAUGGAAAUAUGUUUUUGGUUUCACUCUAAUGGAUGUGGCUAAGUGUGCGAUUGAGCUUGGUAUACCCGAUAUCCUCGAAAAACAAGAAACCCCGAUGACACUUUCUGCACUUGCUUCGGAGCUUGGGUGUUCAUCAUCAUCGUUGUAUAGGAUCAUGAGGUUCUUAAUCCAGUAUAAGAUAUUUCAAGAAAAACCCAUAUCAGAAACAUCCCUUGGAUAUGUUCAAACAUCUUUGUCCCGGCUUCUAACUAGGCAUGCAAAGCAUACACAUGGCGAUGAUGUAUGGAAAUUUGCAGCCAUGAAUCAUGGUCAUAGUAAGCUCAUCGAUGAUGCAAUGGCUUGUGAUGCUUGGGUGGCGGUCGGGGCGGUGAUUGAGGAUUAUCCAGAGGUGUUUGACGAGCUGAAGAUGGUGAUGGAUGUUGGUGGUAGUGAUGGAACCGCUCUACGAGACUACGACUGA